AUGCUCGUGGAGCUCAAAAACGGCGAGACCCUCAACGGACAUCUGGUCCAGUGCGAUACGUGGAUGAACCUUACCCUACGAGAAGUUGUACAAACCAGUCCGCGCGGCGACAAGUUUGUUCGGUUAAAAGAAGCUUACGUCAAAGGCAACAAUAUCAAAUACCUCCGCGUCGACGACGACAUUAUCAAUCAAGUGAGCGAAUCCCAAAGGAGCCAGUCAGGGAGCUUCAGAGGCGGACGCGGUGGCCACGGCCAGCCAAGAGGGGACCACGGCCACGGCGGUCGUGGAGGUGGCGAUAGAGGCAGGGGCGGACGGGGCGGCGGUCGUGGUGGAAGGGGAAGAGGCCGAGGCCAGUAA